UAUGUUGUGUUACUAUGGGAGCUGUGGAAUCACAAUUCAGAUUCCGUAAUGCCCUACGGUAACAAGACUGCUUCACUUAGCUCGGCAAGAUUUUUAAAUGCUACAUCUCCUGUUAUGUCAUUCUGUGAUCGACUAGAAAUCAGGCAUGUCAGGACCAUUCGAAUCCACGGUUCAGGAUACAGGCCAAGCCACAAGAUAAAAAUGGCCGGAGUCAAUCUCUCCACUCCAAGUCAAAAGGAAAUCUUAAAUCACUUGAAUGACCGCCUGGCAGCUUAUCUCAAAAAAGUACACAUGUUGGAAGAAUCCAAUGGGAAAUUAGAGGCACAAAUCAAAGAGCUGAUGGAGAAAAGGGCUAAAGUUGGCGUUGAUACCACUCGUUACGAGAAGACCAUCGCUGAAAUUAAAACUCAGAUAAAUGAAGCAAAGGUUGCCAACUCUGAACUUUCUUUGAACGUUGAAAAUACGAAACUAGCUGCGGACGAUUUUAAAGCAAAAUAUGAAAGUGAACUAGCCACACAACGGACAGUCAUUGCAGAGGUCAAAGACCUGAAAAGGGCACACAGUGAUCUUCAAAUGGAAAAAGGCCAUCUAGAGACGGAGGUGCUGAUUCUCACACAGGAACUAGAAAGUCUCAAGAAGGAUCACGAAGAGGAUCUAAAGACUAUGCAGGGGUCCUUGAAAAGUCAAGUGCAAGUCGAAGUGGAUAAUGCACAAGCAAUCGACCUUUCCAAAUCUUUGUCAGAACUGAGACACCAGUAUGAGUCCAUCGCAGACCAUCACCAGAAAGAAGCUGAGGCCUGGUUUAUUCGUAAGUCCAUGGAGGCUCUUUCUCAGAACACGGCUCACACAGAAUCCAUACAAAGCCAGGAGAGAGAGGCGUUUAAACUGAAACGGAAACUGCAGGAGCUGGAGGUUCAGUUGGCAUUAAUGAGCGCCAUGAAAUCUGCUGAAGAAGACACAUUGCAUGAGACUCAGUCUCGAUAUUCUACCCACCUUCAGAAUAUUCAAGAAACUAUACGUAAACGUGAAGACGAACUUUAUAAGAUAAAAGCUGGAGCGGAGCAAUUAUCUUCCGACAGUCGGAUCUUAAGCUAUCUGAAGGACCUGUUAGAAAUGGAAAUAAAGACUUACAGCAUUCUGAUGAAUGAUGAAGAAAUAAGAAUAAAGGAUGUGAUGGCUGAAGCAUCUUCUGAAUUUCAAGGAAUGACAAGACACAAGCAAAUGUUUUUGUUUUUAAUUUCAGAGGCAACGUCCAUCAUCACUAAAAACUCGUCAUUCGAUCAAGAUCUGAAAGAUUAGUACGGCAAACAUUCUGCCGGACGUAGGAUGGCAAGACUUACUAAAGCAUUCUUUUAAGUACACUGGAGAAAUAAAUCUAUUUAUGUAUACAUAUAUAUUGCGCAUUGUCAUAAGGAAAAAUAUGGGUUGUUUGUUCAUAAAAUGGACACAUCACCGAUAAGAUUGAUCUCUGUAUCAGUAGCUUGCAAAUGUUGGACAAUAUAUAAAGAUGAUACAGCUCUGCAAAACAAUGUAAAUUGGCAAAGUACUAUUGUCAUAUAUGUGCCUGUAGGUUAUGAUUUGUAUUUGUUUAUAUCAUGUAUGCAUACUUGUCAAAAUCCGGUGAUUGGCUUAAAUUCCUGAAUGAGUUACCUGGUAGAAUGUUACCAUGAAGACUCUAAAGUGAUAAUAUAGAGGCAUUUAAAACACUAUACAGACAGUCUUCAUUUACCGACCGUGUUCUGUUCUAACGACUCGGUCGUAAAAAACGAAUUGGUCGGUAAGUGAGGAUACGCUACAGAGCAUACGCACCAGAGCAGGUCAAUGUCGGGAAAUUUCCCCGAACACAGGCAAGCGUACCAGAGCAGCGAAU